UAUAAAUCAAAUAAACAUGACAAAGCGAGCUUGUCCUUACGAGGAAAAUUUACCUCCCCAAUUGAAAGUACACGUGGGACAAAGAGAAAUUGAUAAUGGGGUUGCUGAGAAAGAACGAAUGAAGCAAGUUUAUGAUAAAACCUUGAAUUUACUAAAAGAAGGUGUUAAAGAAUAUUCGCAGAAUUUGAAUGAGAGUGAAAUGGAUUUAACUGAAUUACCAUUAACAAAAAUAACUUAUCGUGAAAUGAAGCCUGAACGUACCUCAAAACAAAUGAUUUUAAAUAAUAAAUUACAAUUAGAGAACAGUGAUAAAAUCAUAUCUGAUGUACAAGUCGACCUUUGUGGAUGUUGCCGAAUAAUAGAUUCAAGUUCAACGAACAAAUGUUUUUACUGUGAUCAAGUAUUAUGUUCCUUUUGUUUAUGUCAGUGUAUCAAAUGUUGCGAGCUAUUCUGUCAAAAUUGUUCUUUACCCAUAUAUGAUACUGAACGAAAUCAUGUGUGCCUCAAUUGUUAUUAUUGAUCGAAUAUAGAAUAUCAAGUUUUAUACCUUUUUUUUUCUUUUACUUUUUGUAUUAUUGCAUGUAUUAUUUAAUAUUAUUAUUUAUGUGAAAUUAAAUUAAGAAUUUGUUUGCA